AUAUUUAAGCCAUCAUGAAAAUCUAUGACAAAAAGGUGCAAAAGAAAAACAAAGAAAACUGAACAUGAAGGGGCUAGUUUUUGCUUCAAGGGCAAGCGUUUGUUUCCAACAAAAAUAAAGUCUCACAUGUUUUGUUGAUACAAAAAUCAUUGUGGAUUGGUCGCAGCCAACAGUUGUUGUCUGCCACAAUGACGUCCAGCAUCGAUUCCGUUGCAGGGGAGGGUCCAUCUUCGCCACCGGCGCCGGUGACAUCUUCCGUAAUCGGCCCGUUAAACUUUGGCAAAGACGAUUCGGACAUAGAGGCUCCUCCCACUCGACUAACGGAUGAGAGCGCCGUACCAUGUAUGUUCUGUGAGAACAUUUACGAUUUUCGCGAGAACGGGAUUCGAGAUCAGUACCUUGCCCAUCUGUAUCUGGUUCAUCGAUUGGUCGUAGCGGACGUGACGGAAAUUGAUUGCCUAGCUAGUUAUGCAAAGUUUUGGAAAGAGAAAUUUCUACAAGAUCCAGUCGAAAAGUAUUGCGCGGCGAUGUUGCUCAAUCAGCUUCCGGAUGGAACACCGGCUAGCAACGAGAAAUAUUUCCUUCUGAGCGAUAUUGAACCUACAGAUUACGAGCUUCGUUUACGAUUGAAACGAGAGAUGAUGGAACUGGUGCUAACGAGACAUCAGUUUGAACGAACCGAUCGGAACUUCAACCGUGGCUGUUUGUACUGUAGAGAUUUUAGAUCGGAAAGUCGUGUUGAGUUUAUCGAGCAUUUGUACAAGAAACAUUUUCUACUUCUGGGAAAAGCAGAAAAUCUAGUCUUCGUGGAUGAGCUUAUCGAUACAGUACAACAAAAAAUGGACCAGCUCGUGUGUUUGUACUGUGAGAAGAUUUUUAAAGAUCGUCCCACACUCAAGGAACACAUGCGAAAGAAAGGACACAAACGAAUUAAUCCCGAAAACAAAAUUUACGAUCGAUUCUUCCUGGUCAACUAUCGCAAUGAUCGCUUCAAAAAACCUGCUAGCACAACCAAACAACCGGUGUCAAUAAAUGUGAGGCCACAAGAAAAAUCUCCUUUUCACUCAGAAGACUCGGAUUCCGAUUGGUCCGAUUGGUAUGGCGAGGAUCAGAAAACCACUUGUUUGUUCUGUCCGAACGCCAAAGAGAAAAUAGAGGACCUUAAAGCCCACAUGAUUGCGGAACAUAGUUUCGACUUUGACGCUCAAGUAAUCGGUUUGAGUUUCUAUCAACGCGUUAAAGUAGUCAAUUUCAUCCGAAGACAAAUGCAUGUGAUGAAAUGUGUGAUGUGUCGGGAAGAUUUUUCUUCCAGAGAAAAUCUGGAAAAUCAUCUCAAAGAGCAGAAUCACUAUGGCAUAGGCGACCAACAACUAUGGGAUCAGCCGGAGUUUUUCUUUCCCACGUACGAGGACGAUCAAUUCUUGUGCCAUUUGGAAGACGAUAGCCCAGAUCAAUCCGACGACAGUUCAGUAGUUAUUUCUGAAAAGGUUAGCGCAAACAUAAGCGCUGAAGCCGAAUCCCUUUCGUUAGAACAGUUUAAAUUUGUAUAGUGUUACAAUUUAUAUAAGGGGACAUCCAUAAAUUACGUAACGCUCCUAGGGGGGGGAGGGGGUAAGCUCU